GUUAUCCCAGCUGAUCUCUGACCGUCGGGCCCUAACGACAACUUUGCUUUCCGUCGCCAUCCUACAUGGAGAACAUAUUAAAAAGGAAACUCGAUGCUAUUGCCAAAAAAUACGCCCACGAAUUCAAGAACUGUGACGUUGUUCGGAUAUCCGAUUUACAAGUGGACACACCUGGCGAUUUUUUGCCGCUUUUAAAGAACACCAUCCCUUGUUCAAACAUAAUAUCCUUCCCUCAGAAACCGGAUUUGAAUACAGGAUCUUUCUCCUCACUAACUGAUUUAUCCGUUCUUGACGUAAUCUCAUUCCAACCUGCUUGUAUCCGUAACCAAAUUUUUCAGAUCGACGAAGAACUGAAUUGCGCGAUGUCUCUUUUCAGUCACGCUUUAAGCCAAGUGUCCGAAAGAUUAACAAACAACUCCAACAACCGACCAUCGCCACAGUCGCGGAUACCUUCUGGAAAUCGAACCAUCCACGAAAAACAGUCUUUUCAUCAUUUGUGUUAUUCAGCUCCGACUCCUUUUCGUUCGUCUACAAAGCGACGAUAUCAAACUUCUGAACGUCAUCGUGCAUACCGAACCCGACAAAAAUUGUGUGCGUCCAACUUGAAAAAAUUCCGUUCCUUCUCCACGGAAGUAACUCCUACUGAACGAAUUGCUCAAUGGCUGAAUCAUCAAGAAUCUACUUAAAUAACGGCGUAUAUAUUUUGCCCCAUAUCCUUGCUGCCCUUGUAAAUAAGCAAAUUGUGUCCCGUCGAUCAUUCCUGUACAUUCUGUCCUUCUACUUGAUUCAUUGUAUGUAUCAUUUAUAGAUCUCCUACAUGGCAAACUUCGCAUGAUUGUCGAAUCUUGUUGUUUGAUCGGUAAUGCAGCUUAUUAUUCGA